UUUAUUUGUGCAAUAUUUUUUUAUCAUAGAUAAUAUAUAAACAAAAUUAUUUAAAAUGGCAAUUAUUUACCCGAUCGUGAUCAAUGCCACAUAUUCAGUAGUGUCAUUCUUUGUGGCGCUACGUUUAAUCGGAGGUGCAAAAACGUUAUUCAUGAAGGCGGGGCUGAAAGGUCGUGAUAUGAGCAAAAAAGACAAAUUAGAAAUACCCGAGUCAAUGGGUGUGGUAUGUGGCACAGUAUUCUUGAUAUGUAUGUUUCUGUUCAUACCAAUUCCUUUUGUGACAAAAUGGAUGCAACAACAGGACAUUGAGAGCUCUGUUUUUCCACAUAACGAGUUUGUCGAAUUUAUUGCUGCUUUACUUUCGAUAUGUUGCAUGAUCUUAUUGGGUUACGCCGAUGACACAUUGGACCUUCGAUGGCGAUACAAACUCAUCCUGCCGACGAUUGCGUCACUCCCUCUACUUAUGGUCUACUUCGUAAACAUUGGCUCCACAACUAUUGUUGUUCCCAAGCCUCUUCGCUUUUGGAUAGGGUUGAAUUUGAAUUUAGGUAUCUUAUAUUAUGUAUACAUGGGUAUGCUGGCUGUGUUUUGUACAAACGCAAUCAAUAUUCUGGCAGGUGUCAACGGUUUGGAGACCGGUCAGUCUUUGGUAAUUGGCAUUUCCAUUCUCGUCUUCAACACGAUAGAACUACACAAUGAAUGCUGGAAAACCCAUCUGUUUUCAAUUUAUUUUAUUCUUCCUUAUGUUUUCGUUACUGCAGCUUUGCUAUAUCAUAAUUGGUAUCCUUCAGAUGUAUUUGUUGGUGAUACGUUUUGUUAUUUUUCCGGAAUGACGUUCGCAGUGGUCGCAAUACUUGGUCACUUCAGUAAAACCAUGUUGUUGUUCUUCAUACCCCAGAUACUUAACUUCAUCUAUUCCUUACCUCAAUUGUUCAGAUUCAUACCGUGUCCGAGACACCGUUUGCCCAAACACAACGAAGACACCGACAAACUUGAGAUGAGUAUUUCUAAGUUCAAAGCAUCAGAACUUUCACUGCUUGGCUGGAUCUGUUUGGAGUUCUUUUCGCUGCUUCGAUUGAUCACGAUAAAAAGAAAUACUGGCGAAGAUGAAGAAUACAUUGAAAUAAAUAACAUGACUUUGAUCAAUUUCGUAAUUAAAUUAUUUGGACCUCUCCAUGAAGAACGUUUGGUUAAAAUUUUGUUAAUUAUUCAGGUUUUCGGAAGCUGCUUGGCGAUGUUUAUUCGGUACGAAGUGGCGAAAAUAUUCUACGACAGUUAAGGAAUCUUGCCGUUUGUAACUGUUAAGAAAAUACUGUUACGAAAGUUCACUGGUAAAAUAAAUUCCACUAGUUACCAUUUUGAAAGAAAGAAGAACGUGCGCGCGAAAUGAUGACGGCAUAUGCGCAGCAAAUGCGAUAUUAUUACUUGACGUGGGUUAUCACAGAUUUAACAUUUUCCAAGCAUUAAUAAACUUCGUCCCUAGAUCGUCGCGCUUAAAAAAAACAUUACUAGUUAUUCAUAAAGAGAGGAUAGGUUUUUUUAGUUUUUUGAAUUUAAAAUUUAGUGGGCAAAAAGUGACAAAAUCUUUGUGUAGAUGACUAAUAUUGUUACUUCAACGAUAGGUAAAUGUUGUUGUGUAUCAUGAAGUAAUUACGAGAAUAUCAAAAGUUCGGCAUUCUUGUUUUAAAAGAGUGAAGUUGAAGCUUACUGUAGAAUGCAAAGUGUACGUAGUCUUUUUUAAGUGCUUUAAAAACCUGGCAAAUAUUUAUAUUUAUGUUCUUAGUGGAGGACUUGUGUGGAACGGACAAACCGGUGUGGAUAACAAAGUAAUAUUUCCAGUAGCAUUUUUAUUAGCAUAAUAGUAAUUUCAAGCACUGGUUUUACUGCAUAAAAGUAAAAUAAAAAAUAAGCCCAAUACCGACGCUACCAUGAGCCGCUCUGUAGUUUGCCAAAGUUUUCAUGGUUUCUGGGUCAACAAUUAAAGAAACUGCUUUUCCAACGUUGGUGUUCUCUCUCCCUCUUUUUUAAAUCAAAGCGUGACUUUUUAUAUGAAAGUUGAAUUAUUUUUAUCUUUGAAUUUAGAAUUAUCAGAUUUAAUUUAUUAGGAAGAAUCUUGUAAUUUGCAGUCUUAUUUUUACGGUUCUGUUUUUUUUAUACUAUGGAAAUUUAGUA